AGGAGCAGUUAUAUCAAUACUCUUUUCCUCUCAUCGCCCUCUUUCAUCGUCGAAAACUAAAAAGAACCAAAAACCCUAAAAAGUCCCACUCUUUAACUUCCCCAUAAUUCCAAAACUCUUCACAAUAAAUCGUCUUCUGUUCUCUCUCUCCUAUAAUUUUUUUUCUCAUAUUUUCUCUGUUUUAGAAAAUUUCUUUUUUUUUUUUCGCUUUUGUGUUUUCGUUGAUUUCAGGAAAGAUUUCAUUUUUUUUUUUUUCAUAAACAGGAUCGAGAUUUGUGAACGCUCUAAUUUUUUUUUUUUCCCCCCCACUUUUCGUUUUUUUUUUUUUUUUGUUUGUGGGUUACUUCGAUAUAUAUACAUAUGUAUGUAUAUGUGUUCUUUCUAAUGGUUGGUUUUUUGUUCUGAUUAAAUUAGGGUUUCGUACCUCCACACCUUUCUCGUAAGGAAGUGUGGAUCUUUUUCAGCGUUUGGAGUUCGUGAAUCGUCCAUCACUGUUGGGUUUUUGCCAGAAUGGAAAAGUUGGCACAUAAGAUGUCGUCAUCAUAUCCAGUUCUUGACAACCGACCAAUUGAUCAGUGGAAGGUAACAGAGCUAAAAGAAGAGCUUAAGAGACGGAAAUUGACGACAAGGGGGUUGAAAGAAGAUUUGGUAAAACGAUUGGAUGAGGCGAUUCGCAAUGAUUGUGAAAUUGCUAAGGAAAACAUUGAUAAUGGGUUUGAUACUGUUUCCCAACAUGAGGUGGUGUCAAAAGAUGCAGAUAUGGUGCCAUUUAGUGAUGAAAGGGCCAGGGACACAAUAGAUCACGGUAAUAACAGAAAGGAGAUUGAUGGUGGAAUGUUUCAGGUUCACAUGGGUGAUAAUGUGGCAUCAUUGGGUGAAGGAGAAGUUCAAGAGGAAAUAAUGGGUGGUACUGAUUCUGCUAGGAAUGAAGAGCUGAUAGUUCAUGCAGCUUCUGAGGAAACCACAGUUACAGUUACUGAGAGUGUGGUACCUGAGAUAGAAUCAAGUGUUCAAGAGUCUCAAAACAAUGAAAUCCAGAAUGACAGUGGGGAUUUGAAGCCCCAGAUUGAGAACAAGGAUCAAAAGCCUCCUCUUGAAAUGGGUGGUACUGAUUCUUCUAGGAAUGAAGAGCUGAUAGUUCAUGCAGCUUCUUUGGAAACCACGGUUACUGUCACUGAGAGUGUGGUGCCUGUGAUUGAAUCAAGCGUCCAAGAGUCUCAAAACAAUGAAAUCCAAAAUGACAGUGGGGAUUUGAAGCCCCAGCUCGAGAACAAGGAUCAAAAGCCACCUCAUGAAAUGGGUGGUACUGAUUCCGCUAGGAAUGAAGGGCUGAUUGUUCAUGCAGCUUCUGUGGAAACCACUGUUACUGUUACUGAGAGUGUGGUGCCUGAGAUGGAAUCAAGCGUUCAAGAGUCUCAAAACAAUGAAAUCCAGAAUGGCAGUAGGGAUUUGGGGCCCCAGCUAGAGAACAAGGAUCCAAAGCCUCCUCAAGAGGAUGUCAAGCUCAACUCUUCUGAUCCAAACAACCAGGUAUCUGAGGUCAGCCCUGUUUUAGGGUUUCAAGUAAAAUCUGAUUCUGUUUCUUCUGAUUGUGUCUCAAUUAAUGAAAAGAAUGAACUAAAGGAUAAUAUAAUUGCUGAUAAUGUCAAAUUAGAACUAGAUGUUAGGCCUGAAAUGGUGCAGCCAUCAUUCAGCAAUGUUGUCGCAGAUGGUGGCAAACUACAUCCAAUGGAUGUUGAAGAACCACGUGAAAGCAAAGUAUCUGUUGAGGAGAGGGAUGACAACAAUGCUGCAAAUAGAGAGAUGAGCAAGAAAAAUGAUAGUGCUGAUGUGGGUUCUUCUGAAAAAUUAAAUCUAGACCGAAGUUCUGGUGAGGAUUCCAUGGAGGAGGAUGCAUUGGAGAGUAAGCAAAUUGAUUCUAAAUACAAUACUGAUGAAGUUGGAGAUAGGAGUGAGAAAACUGAAGUACAUGUGGUGAAGGAGGAUGGUCUUGCUAAUGUUAUGCGGGUUGAUAUACCUGCGGACAAGAAAGACAGUCAUGGUGAAAAUAAGAAAGCUCUUGCUGCUGCACCCACUGUGAAAAGAAAGCUUCAUGACCAAGCAGCAGUUGGUAACAACGAGACUCCAAAGAGGCGCAGAUGGAACUCUGAAAGUCUUAAAGUUCUUGAGCCGCAAAGCAUUAACCUUGCCUCUUCUAGUACACCCAAGGACAAAUUGCCGUCUACUACUUUGAAAGGCAACUUCUCUAGAUCUGACUCCACAGUUAGUGAGAAUGAACCAGAUAAACGUGUUGUUCCACCAUCACCAAAACCUCCUACUAAUUCUCUCAGAAUUGAUCAUUUUCUGCGCCCUUUUACACUAAAGGCUGUGCAAGAAUUUCUGGGAAAAACUGGUACUGUCACCAGUUUCUGGAUGGACCAUAUCAAAACCCACUGCUACGUCACUUAUUCAUCAGUGGAAGAAGCCAUAGAGACUCGAAAUGCUGUGCACAACUUACAAUGGCCUCCUAAUGGAGGACGCCUUUUGAUGGCCGAGUUUGUUGUUCCCGAGGAAGUCAAGUCAAGGGUGGAGACUCCUCCACAGUCUGCUUCCACACCUGUAUGUAGUGGCACUCCCAUACCUUCUGCUUCACCCUCCUUGCCACCUCAACCUUCUCCACGUCAUCAAGUCCAGAGGCAGCAGCUUCUUCCUCCACCCCCUCUUCCACCACCACCACCUUUGUCUAACCCUCUCACACCAAGGGAACGGCUUCCUCUUCCACCCCCGCCUCCACUUCCUGAGAAAGUUGACCCUCCGAUUGUCACUUUAGAUGAUCUCUUUAGGAAAACCAAAGCGAUGCCUCGUAUUUACUACUUACCGUUGACAGACGAACAAGUAAAGCUGAAGGCACAGGGGAAAAAUGUCGAGAAGUAGAGGCAUUAGAGUAUACCCAAACCAGCUUCUAUUUGGAUUCCUAAUGAAUUGGUCAGUGUAAAACAAUGGUACGAAAAGUGUCAUACAAUUGUACUUAUGCAGGUCUGCAGGGUGUGUGACUUGUGGGAACAGGCUUUCCAGGCGAGGUAUGGAAGGAGCAGGUUUGUUGGUGCACUUGAUUUUUCCGGGACUUGUUUUGGUUGAGCCUGAGUUUAGGUUAGUCUAAGAACCCACGAAUUGGGACGUCUCUUUGUGAGUGAAUCAACUCGACUUUCGGUCUGUUCUUGUUUUCUAUUGAGCAAGAGAUUCAACUUCAUUGAACUUUUAAUUAGCAUCUUACUUUCUAAUGGAUGAUAUUGUAGUAUGAAUCUUAAUAGAUUCAAACUUUAUAAUCGGUGAAAAAUGUAGAAGCUACAUAUUGGUGGUAUCUAAUAUUGUUUGGAAGCUUCAUGGCUA